AUGAUAAUCAAUUAUUUAUUUUUAGUCGAUCUUGUACUUAAUGUAAAAGCUAUGCGACGUGUUGCUGCUAUGAUGGGCUCACAAGUAACAGUUUAUGAAAUUGAAAAUGCUAAACAUGAUAUUUUCUUAUCGAAACAAUCUGUUCGAGAAAACGCAUUUGAUUUAAUGUUUCGAUGGCUUCGGCAUCUUGAAGAAGAUUGGAUAACAACAACAAGAAUGUAA